AUGAAUAAGCGUAGACAAAAGAAGAUCCCGAAUAAAUUAGCCUCUCUUCCAGAUGAUCCUGAUGAUUCUGAAGUAGAAGGGGAUAUAGAAUCAGAUGAAGAAGAAUCAGAUGUUAGCUCUAGUUCAGGUGAUGAAGACAGUUCAUCAUCUGAAAAUGAGGAUAUUGAUAAUGCUGCUAACGAUCUAGAUUGGUCGAAAUCUACCGAAAGAUUAAAUCUUUUUGAUGGUAUUGAAACGGAUCCAGAGCUUUUGUUUUAUUUGACAAACGAGACUUGUGAAAUUGAAUAUUUUCUUUCUAUUUUCAAUGAGAAUAUAGUGAUUAAAAUAGUUGAAGAAACUAACAGAUAUGCUGCACAAAAAGAAAGAAACUCUUCAAAGACACGAAGGUCCUCUGGAUCCGAUAAUGAUUGGAUUGAAUUGACUGCAAAAGAAUUGAAAGGUUGGAUUGGAAUGAACAUUUUUAUGGCGAUUCAUAAAUUACCGAGUGUAGAUCUGUACUGGAGUUCGGAUCCUGCUCUCAGGGUAGAUGCAAUUGCAAACGUCAUGACUCGAAAUCGUUUUCAAAAAAUCACUUCAAUGUUGCACUUGAAUGACAAUAACAAUCGUGUUCCCAAAGAAGAUCCAAUGUUCGAUAAAUUACACAAAGUGAGGCCUUUAGUCGAAGCAUUGAAUAGGUCAAUAAAAGACGUUUAUAAACCUUCCAAUCUGGCUGCAAUUGAUGAAUCUAUGAUUUUAUUCAAGGGACGUUCUUCACUGAAACAGUACAAUCCAAUGAAACCGAUAAAAAGAGGGUACAAAGUUUGGUGCUUAGCAGAUUCAAUAACAGGUUUUGUUUCAAAUUUCGAAAUUUAUGCAGGCAAAUCAGAGAACAAAAAUUCUAACGAUACAUUAGGAGAACGUGUUGUUCUGAAUUUGACGAAAGGCAUUCUAAAUACUGGCACUUUGGUAGCAUUUGACAACUUUUUCACGUCUGUGAAACUUGUAUCCAGCCUUCAUCAGAAAGGGAUUUUCUCGGUUGGUACUGUAAGGGCGAAUCGGAUAGGACUUCCUAUCAUGAUGAAGGAAAAAUCAAAAAUGCAAAGGGGUGAGUAUGUAUUUCAAAGAAAAGGUGCUGUUACUGCUAUAAAAUGGAUGGAUGCAAAGCCAGUGACGCUCCUGUCAUCAGCGCAUCAUCCAACUGUUGUAACUGCUGUGAAAAGGAAAACUAAAACUGGAAACAAAAUUGAUGUGUCUUGUCCUCUUGCAGUAUCAUCCUACAACAAAAUCAUGGGAGCAGUUGAUAAAUUUGAUCAACUAAAGGAAAGAUAUUCCAUCGGCAGACGAUCUCGUAAGUGGUGGCACCGAAUCUUUUAUUUUUUAAUUGACUUAGCGAUUGUCAAUUCGUACAUAAUGUACAAAGUAAAAAAUGGAGAUUCUAAGAAAACUCAUCUUGAUUUUCGUGUAAAUUUAGCUAAACAGCUAAUAUCGAAUACUACUUAUCGAAAACGCACAGGUCGUCCAAGCAGCUUUGUAGGAAAAAAAAUAAACCUUUUGCAGGAAGUUAGAAAAGAUCAGUUUGGUAAACAUGUAUUGCAGUCUAUUGAAUCUCGUAGACGAUGUCGCUUUUGCAGCACUAAGGAAAAAGAAAUUCGCACUAAAUAUGUGUGCAAAACUUGCGAUGUUCCUCUUUGUGUGGAACCUUGCUUCCAAAAAUUUCAUGACAGUUAA